AAAAAAAGAAGAGAAGCCAACUCAUCUGACACAAGCUGUGGGCCAAAGAAAGGGGAAGAGAAGGAGCGGCAGUGUCCUGAAUGAGCGGAAAAUCAAAGCUGGAGGAGCAGAGAGAAGGACUACCAAAGAACUUUUGCACAACUGAAGAGAAGGAAAACUCAGGAGGGACCAAAAGGGAACAAGAUGUUGACGGCGUCCUCUGAAACCAGCUCUGAGGAUGUCUACAGCCGCAGCUUCUGGAUGCCUGGGAACUAUCAGCGCACAGUGAAGCGCACAGAAGACGCUUUCCAUGCCUGUAAUGACAUGGUGGCGUGCUUCCAAGAGCGCGCUCGGCUGGAGAGGCAGUACGCUCAGCAGCUCAGUGAAUGGAGCAACAAGUGGAAACCAGUGGUGGACUCCAGUCCACUCUACGGGUCUCUUCUGAAGGGCUGGCAGUGUUUCAUGUCCUCCGCUGACCGGCUGGCCUCCUUACACGCCUCCAUCUGUCGCUCCUUGGUGUUGGAAGACGGAGACCAGGUCAGGACCUGGCAGAAGGACACUUUCCACAAAAAAUUAUUUGGAGGAUUCAAGGAGUCGCAAGACAUCGAGAGUGGGUUUGCACGCACCCAGAAACCAUGGGCCAAGCGGCUUAAAAAGCUAGACAAAGCCAGGCGGGCGUACCACAAGGUGAGCCGAAAGGAGCACGCAGCCAGGGAACGAGAAGCACACGCUCAGGGAAACCCGGACGUCGCCCUGGACAAACAGAAGAAGAUCCAAGAGGAGAGGGAGCAGGUUCAGCAGGAGGCUGAGAAGGUUCGAGCCCGAUACGAAAAAAUUUUGGAUGAGGUCAACCGCUAUGUCCCCCGCUACAUGGAGGAGAUGGAGACCAUCUUUGACCAAUCCCAGGAUGAAGAACGCAAGAGGAUUGUGUUUCUCAAGCAGACCUUCCUCUCCAUUCACAAACACCUGGACGUUACAAACAAUGAAAGUGUGAGAGCUGUGUACAGUGACCUGCACAACACGCUGAUGGCCAUCGACGAGCAGGAGGACCUUCGCUGGUGGAAAAACACCUAUGGGCCUGGCAUGCCCACCAACUGGCCUCACUUCCAGGAAUGGACACCUGAAAAGAAAACUAAAAAAGGGAAGAAAGAAGUGGAAAAGCAAGCAAAAAUAGAGAAGAGUGUGAUGAUUGGAGGAGUACGAGUAAGAGCUUUGUAUGACUAUGUGGGCCAGGAGACAGACGAGCUCUCCUUUAAAGCAGGUGAGGAGUUUUUGAAGAUUGAAGAUGAGGAUGACCAGGGAUGGUGUCGGGGGAUGAAGGACGGUGGGUGGGAGGGGCUUUAUCCAGCCAAUUACGUGGAAGUGGUAUAGUGGAAUGCAGACAGAAUGUUAGGAAUUUCCAAAAGGCAUGGUUCUGUGUUUCACAGAGACACAGAGAUCAUUUCUGUAGAGGUCGACACCAAAGCUUUCAGGCUCGCAACCUUUCGAAGGACACAAUGUUUCAGUUCAUUCAGAAUGCAUCAAAUCAAUAUGUUAAGAAUGCUUUAAUAUAAGGAAUCCAUGCUGGAAUGUAAAGGUGCACCGACACGUGUGGUGAGUUCAGAAUCACCGUUUUUAUUUUUUAGAUUUAUUUUUUGUAUACAGUCACAAACAUGCUGACAGAGUAAAAUGAGAUCAGCUAUAAAACACACAAAAAAAAGCUUUUCUCUUUUGUUUUUGUUGUUAAAAAAAAAUCUGUUUUACCUGUUUAAUGUACUUUCGGGUAGAAGUUUCAGUUACUACAUUUUAACUAUUAUUUUUUUCAUCAAAAGAUGUUUUUCACCGUCAUUUGAAUGAUAAAUAAACAUCUUAAAGACGUAACUUGAUGCUGGGUUUUAACUCAUGGGCUGUUUUUUAACAUUUCCUUUCAACAGAAGUGACAUUUUUAUUAUACUCUGAUUCAGUGGAUCACAGAGAUCUUAACAUUGUGAUUAGGAUCAUGUCAGCAUCUGCGCCAGGUCCAAACAUGUUGCAGACGCGGUGCGCAACACUCAGAUGAGACUGAUAAUUGCUGUUUGCCAUCAGAUGUUUAGUCUCAUCCUUUCAGUCCAGAUAAGGGUUGGAAUGAAAAAUGCUGUAUGUAUGUCUGUAAAUAAAACAAAACCACCAAAGUAAGAAAACUUCCCAGGAAAACCCUUUUUGUCUUUAAUUUCAAAGAUAAAUAAAUCUGUUCUUGUCUUGCAAACUGACUGAAUUUCCAAACAGUUUGGGGAAUAAAUUUGCAGCUCAG